AUGUACGGGCCUCCUGUAGCAGCGGCAACGUCGGAGGAUGAGACCCUGGAUCCCGACAGUGAAGACUGCCACGAUGUGGGUGCACUGGCGCUUACCAAGCUUAUCGGCCCGUGGACAGACAGCCAGGAGCACGCAAACUGCGAAGAGCGGUUGCUGGACGGCGGUGAUGCUGGGCGUGCCGACUGGAGGAACUGUGCCUCUCGCUCCCAGUGGAUGCCUCUGUGUUGUGCCACAUGCCAGCGCAUUUUGCGUGCCCGCGAUGCCCUCGUGAUUGGGUUGACAGAUCGGCGGCAUGCCCUGGCGGCUUCGCUUGCGAAGAGCGGCCUGGUCUCGGAUCCUCUCAAAGGCUCUGGUCGUCGGCUGCCGCUACUUGCACUAGGCACUGGUGGAAUGUCGGGCAAGGUUGCCAGAGAAGUCAUUGCAUUUGCAUUGCGGGCCGGAUACAGACAUCUGGACUCGGGCACGAUGUAUCCCAGCUACCCCGACGAGCUGCUGCAGGGCGUAGCCGACAGUGGUGUGCAGCGGGAGAAGCUGUUCAUCACCAACAAGUGUCGCGAUGUCCUGGAAAAGUAUGUUGUUCGCGGUUUCGACGAUGGUCUGAUUCUGGCGCCCGUGCGGCACAGUUAUGGUCUGACUCCGGAUGAAACUGCAGCAGCCGAUCCGGUACAGGAAACUCUGGAAUUUCUCGCGAACAGGGAACCUCCAGUCGAGACUGGCGCACGUAAUCAAGACAUCUCUCGAACUCAGGCCAUGAUCGCCGCUCAUCGAGCCGAACAAAAACAAGGUGUUCAACAGAUCCGUCAGUGGUUGUGUGACGAGCGCAAGGACUGGUUCACUCUGGCCCAGUUGACGAAUGCCAAAUCAAAUUUCGUGUUCAACUUCAACAAACACGAGGCGCAGAAUGUCAUUGAGAAGAUGGUCGACGACGGCAAAAUGGUUUCAGCGCCGGCAUUGCUGACGAAGGUUGGUCAAACCACGAUCUUUCUUCCAAUUUACUCAUAUGAGAAUGCAAUCGGUGAUGUUGUACCGAUGAAGCAGGCACUCGAGGACGUGAUGGACCAAGGAAG